AUGCCUCCGGGGGCGGGGUGGAACGAGGAGGGACAGAGAGGACCAAAGGACGACCAAAGAGUCGGCGUGGUUGAUGUUCCGGACAGUGCCAAGACCAACAGCAGGACUCCAGACGAGAACCAGAAACUGGGAGGACGCCUGCUUUUAUACCGCGCCGGAUUCCCCGUCCGUGUGGCCAAAGACCAGCGUGGCCACACGGGCUUUGCCGUUGCGCACACGGCCCUCGCCACCCCCUUUACCGUACCAGCACCGUCGUCCUCCCGCCUUGGGAUUGGGCCGCUGCAUCAGGUGCUGCUUCAAGCGGCGUCGCUGACUUGCCCCAUUGGGCCAGUCGAUGGUUGGCGUGCCAAGGUAGGAAGCUCCAUGACCCACUUUUACAGGCUGGCCGGCCAGGGUUACUCUGCGUUCAAUGUUGCCAUUCCCCGUUCCGGAUUGGUCCGGAUGGUGUCGGCAGGAAGCCCGCCGUUGGAAUCCCGAGAAUACCCUGAAGCCGCAAGAAUGCCCAGAAAAGGGGGAAUCUGCAGUGCUCUGCAUAACUAUGGAGGCGUCGGACCAAACAGAGAAUCCCGGCUUGGUGCUGCUUUACUGCAGCAGACUGGGACACAAAGCGCGGCUCUUGUUUGGGUCUUGACGGAUCGCUCCUCUCUGACUCUCUGGAGCCUUUUUCUCGGGUCAACUCCUUGGUCAUGUCAGGCUGGGACCGGCGAUGCUCUGACCGUAAUCCACUCUCCUCUCUCGCCGCCGUUCAUUCAGCUUGGGCUAUUUGAGCAUAGCGGCAUGUUUGAUGGAUGA